AUGGACUCACGCACAACACUACAAAACCUACCGCCUGACCAGUAUCUAGCACUCCAGUUAAUUCUCCAGUGCAUCCAUCGCCUUAACACGUUAGACCAGCGCUUUGACAUGUUAGACCGCCGCCUUGACGUAUUAGACCAUGGCGUGCGUGAGGCAAUGCAGGAGAUCCGCAGCGUCAAGGAUCCCGUUUGCAACUACCAAUCAGGUUUCACAAUGGAGCAUUCGGGUGGACGUGAUAGCACCGUCGACUUUCAAGCCGGAGUCAAUGACCUCAAUGCUAUUACAUCGUUUGGAUCUUCGCAUGAUAGCCAAAUCAUGCUACAGCCUGCAGCACUCCAUGGAACAUCGUCCGGGGUCAUCGGAUCGCUGUCAGGGGGUACAACAGGCUUAUUGCCCUACGGCGCUCGCAAUUCUCCUAUGCAUUCGGGUGGACGUGAUAGCAUUGUCGACUCCCAAGCUGGACUCAAUAGCCUCAAUGCUAUUCCACCAUCUAUGUCCUCGCACGACCCCUACCUCGUGCCACAGUCUGCACCCCACGAACUAUUGUCCGGGGUCACGGGAUCGGUGCUAGAGGGCACAGACGGCUUAUUGCUCAACGGCGCCCGUGGUUUUGCCAACAAUGUAACGCAUCAGCAUAGCAUAUACUCUGAGGGCUUCACGGCAUCCUAUGACAUGGAAGUCACGGAAUCCUCAUCAGAGGGUGUGGGUGCUCGCUUCGACGUUUACAAUGUAUCCAUAGAUUUAUCGCUCGAUGUCGAUGGCACGUCCGAUCCCGUGCGUGAGCCCGCUGGGCAAUCCGCUGCCCGACAGCUUGGUUCUGUUGUGCAAACUGGCCGAGCAAAGGUCAAAGUAGGACGCCCCAAAGUAAAAUGCCCCUGGGACAAGUGUCCGAAAUUCAUCAGCAAGGAUGUCCUUAGUCGUCACAUUAACGAGGUGCAUGAGAAGAAGAUUGUGGCUGGACCGUUUGGUAACCGCUCGGUUUGGUUUUCAUUGGAGACGGAAAAAAGGCGUUCGGAAAUGCAUCAAAUACCUGUCACGCUACAAGCAAACUGUGGAUAUAUAGCCCUCCACGCAAAUAUGGAAAUUGGUGCGGAGAAGGAGAUGUAUGGGUCCCUACAGGCGUGUGAAUUCCCUAUUAGACCUCGAUGCGGCACGCUUGAACUUGGGCGUCGAUCGGAUGUCUUAGUGUCGAUCUAG